AUCUCAUCAACAAACAUCAAGUAAGGGCCUAUUGGUGUAUUAGAGGAUGCACAAGUGUACAAUUUGCUUCUUUUGGCUAGCCUUACUAUGUGUGCAUCUUGUAUGCUAUGCUACCGUAGUGCAAUGCCAACUAAGCGUCGAUGACAUGGAUAACGAGAAGAUCAAUCUACCAGGAGGGUUGUGCGUCCAUCGUCAUGAAGGUUGCGGCGGAUUUUGCUAUUGUUGUCUGACAAAUGGUCUUUGCUACACUUCCAUAUACGAUUGCAAGAUAGAAUGUGUCUCUACUUCAGACAUAGUGGUGACCACGAUCCCUCCUUCUUUUGUUGCUCCUUUCCCUGCCUAGUCAACUUGACAUAAUGUGUGAUGCGUGUAAUAUAGUAAUAAGUUUGCAGCAAGAAUAAUACUACUCUAGUUGUCGCGGUUUAAUUUUUCAUGUCGCAUUUAAGUUUCUAUCUCUAAGUACUACUCCAACCUCUGGUCGGGAUUGUUAUUUCGGAGGACAAGUUUUGUCAGGACCAAGGUGAACUUUAAUUGGAUGUAAACUUGCACGAUGAUUUGGACUACCAUUUCCACUCCCCGUAAUGAAAGCCCGGUGUUCCCGGCCCUCCUUCGUGGAUCCGUGGGUUCCUUUUCUUAGCCAAUCGUUGCGCAGCAAAAAAAAAAGUGCAUGCACAAGUAAGUUCAUCCGAGAUGAGAUCGAUGUGAAGACCGCAUGCACAAGAGAGAGAAAAUUGACCGGCCCUAGCGCAUUCGAGCCUAAUAGUUACCUAUGGUCUUGCAAUCCUCAAAAAUCUGGUUGUGGUCUCCGGCCCUAUAAACCGGUACAGAUGGAGUACUCGGUGUGGUCGGCCUAUAGCAUGGAAAGAACUGGUUCUUUCUUUGCCAAAUGAUGUGUCAAGGCACGAGGGGACUCCUCCGACUUUGCUUCCUAGGACAAGUGCUGGAAGGCGAUCUGGGCCAUGAACUGCCCGAAGAAGAUGAAGUUUGUCAUCUGGAGAAUGGAUCACGACUGUCUUCCAACCGGGGUAUAGCUGCGGAAAUGCAGUAUAUCGACUGAGGAUAGUUGUGUCUUCUGUAGUGUUCGGAGGGGGUAGAACACAUCUUCAUGUUCUGUCCCUUUGCAAGAUCAAUCUGGGAUGCAGCGAAGGCCAAGAUCCUGGAGGCCAGGAAUGAUGCCAGGAAUGGCCGUGAUUGUCUCCAGCCGGCUUGCCUGGCCUGCAACAUUAUGGUUUAUGUUUACAACAUCGUCAAGUUCCGCUACAAGUCGUCGCUGACUAAAAGGUGUGUUUCUCAUUCCAAACCUACCUGGAAUCCACCACCGGUCGGCACUGUUUGUGUGAAGGUCGAUGUUGCUGUUUUUAAGGUGGAGAACCUGGAUGGCUGGGGUGCCGUGAUCCGUGAUCAUCAUGGCGCCGUCAGGCUUGCCAGCCAUGGAUCCAUGCAGGGCGGUGCGAGCCUUGAGGCCGCUGAAGCUUUCGCGGUGCAUCAGGCGCUCGAGAUCGCUCGGGAGGGAGGUUUCCAGAAGAGAUCAUCCUGGCGUCGGAUUGGCAAUCCCUUAUUCUGAAGAUUCAGGCUACGGCGCUGGAUCGUUUGAUGGUUGGCACAAUGGUUGGCGAUAUCAAGAGGCUAACAUCGGGCUUUCUCUCAUGUUCUUUUAUGUAUGUUAGUCGUUUGUGUAAUGUUACGGCUGGUAAACUUGCUCGCUCUAAGGAGCCCUCUGUCUGUAAGUUGUACCUUGAUGAGAUCCCGGACUUUUGUUAGGGAUGAACUAGCCUUUGAUGUUCUGUAAUCAAUAAAGAGCCAUGAUUCUCAAAAAAAAAA